AUGGUUUUAAAAUCUACUUCUGCAAGCAAUGUUUCUGUUUAUCAAGUAUCUGGUACGAAUGUCUCAAGAGCAUUACCAGACUGGAUAGCGAAGAAACGUAAAAGAACAUUGAAAAAUGAUUUAGAGUACCAAAAUCGAGUGGAGUUGAUCCAGGACUUUGAAUUUAGUGAGGCAUCAAACAAGAUUAAAGUAUCUAGAGAUGGUCAAUAUGCUAUGGCUACUGGUACUUAUAAGCCACAGAUCCAUGUUUAUGAUUUUGCGAACCUUUCAUUGAAGUUCGACAGACACACAGAUUCAGAAAAUGUUGAUUUCCUGUUAUUAUCAGAUGAUUGGACAAAGAGUGUUCAUUUACAGAAUGAUAGAAGUAUCCAAUUCCAAAACAAAGGUGGUCUCCAUUAUACUACUAGAAUUCCCAAAUUUGGUAGGAGUUUAGCGUACAACGAAAUAAACUGUGAUUUAUACGUGGGAGCAAGUGAAGAUGAAUUAUACAGGCUUAAUCUAGAACAAGGUAGAUUUCUGAAUCCUUUCAAACUAGAGACGAAGGGUGUCAACCACGUUUCUGUAGAUGCGACACAUGGGCUUGUUGCAGUAGGUAUGGAGGAUAGCGCUGUUGAGUUCUGGGAUCCUAGAGCUCGCUCAAGAGUGUCAAUUUUGAGACUAGAGAAUCAAAUAGAUAGCUCGCCUUUUCAAGUCUCGACUACUAGUUUCCGGAACGACGGACUAAAUUUUGCCUGCGGCUCGACUAACGGCUACGUAUAUCUGUACGAUUUGCGUUCUUCGGAACCUUCGAUCAUCAAAGAUCAAGGUUAUGGAUUCGAUAUAAAAAAGAUUAUAUGGCUUGAUGGUGUUGGAACCGAAAACAAAAUAUUAACCAGUGAUAAAAGAAUCGCUAAAAUCUGGGACACUGUGGAUAGCAAAGCAUAUGCUUCAAUGGAGCCUAGUGUUGAAAUCAAUGAUGUCGAACAUAUUCCUGGAACUGGUAUGUUUUUUACAGCAAAUGAAGGAAUACCAAUGCACACUUAUUAUAUCCCAAAUCUAGGACCAUCGCCACCUUGGUGUUCAUUUUUGGAUUCUAUUACAGAAGAACUGGAAGAGAAGCCAAGCGAUUCAGUAUAUUCAAACUAUAGAUUCAUUACUAAAGAUGAUGUAAGAAAGUUGAGUAUUAGUCAUCUGGUGGGUUCAAAUGUUCUUAGAGCCUAUAUGCAUGGUUAUUUCAUCAAUACAGAACUUUUUGAUAAAGUUUCUUUGAUCGCAAAUCCAGACGCUUACAAAGAUGAGAGAGAGAGAGAAAUUAGACGUAGGAUCGAAAAAGAGAGAGAAUCUAGAAUUAGAACAUCUGGAGUUUCCAAGAAAUCCACUAUUAAAAUCAAUAAAUCUUUGGCCGAGAAACUAUCACAGAAACGUGGUGAUAAAGCAGCUGAGAAAUUAUUAUCAGACGAUCGUUUCAAAGAAAUGUUCGAAAAUGAGGAAUUCCAAGUUAACGAGGAUGAUUACGAUUACAAGCAAUUGAAUCCUGUGAAAUCUGCCAGAGAAACUACCGAGGGUGCAGCAAAACGUAUAAGAGCACUGACGGCGGCAGAAGAAUCCGAUGAAGAAAGAAUUGCACUGAGAGAGGGUCGAGCUGAUGCGAACGAUUCUUCGAGUGAUGAUGAAUCCAGUAGCGAAAAUGAAGAAGAACGAGAGCAAAUAAGCAGAAUGGAACAAAAGAAGCUACAAAAACAACAGAAAGUCAUAGAAAGAAGAAAGCGUGAGAAACACAAUUCAGAUCAAUUUAUGAGUAAAAUGAGCGUAAGCGCUCUUAAUGAUGAAGAACAAGAAUCUCGAAAGGUCACCUUUGGAGAACAAGUGCGAGAAGCAACCGAAGCUGAUAGCAUCAGUAAGAGUGACGACUCCGUGGUACGCCGCACUCACAGAGGUGAGGCGGAACUUACGUUCAUUCCGAAGAGUUUUGAAGUGAAGAAGCAGCAGCAUAGGAGCCCUUUGAAAGGUUCAGAGGAUAACGAGGAAAACCCAAGGGACACGGGUAGAUCAAGACCAAGGUCUGAUGGCAGAAGGCGUGCAAGCAAGAAUGCUUUCCGUGGUAUGUAG